CGAAUCGGGACAUGGAGAAGGGUCUACUGGCGCCAUGGAGUCCGAUGAUCUGGAGGAGCUACCGGGUGAAGAGGGUGGUGAAGUCUACUCUGGCUGGGGAGUCUUCGGUCAUGACGGACGGCCUCGGGUAGUUGGAGUGGGCCAUGUGUUUCUUCGUUGUUGGGUUAUUCAGAGGUUUCUCUCUCGGAGACAGGUCUAGGUGCCUCGAAAUGUCCCAGAGCCUGGCAGUGAUCGACUGUAAGAGUAUAUACGACAAUGUGAUCAAGAUGGAAAGUCUGUCCGGCAUUGAUGACAAGCGCUGUGCAUUGGACAUAGCUAUCAGAAAGAGAGACCGAGGAGGAUGAGUGCCACGUUAAGGCGGGGUCCGACUUCGCUUACGCUUGCCGACGGACUGCCUCGCAAAAGAUAAGGCGGAGCCGCGGACUUUCUCAGGAGCUGUAUUCGGAGUGGGCCCUAUCAGUUGUCCGACGAGAGCAGCGCUCUGGCUCAAGCCUCUGCCGAACGCUCUCUGCGGAAGCAACUCACCGCGCGCAGCCGACCACAACAAGAUGGUCAAGGUCGAGGCGAAGAACAACCCGAAGGGGGUCCGGAGCUUCAUGGAGAGCAUCGCCGAAGCGGCGGAGGGGACCAUCGAGGGCUCCCGCAAUCGCCUCAAGGUCCAAGUGCGCGCCGAGUGCGUGGGCGACCGGCUGACGGGCAAGGAGGCCAGAGCUCAGGUGACCAUGACAUACUACGCGAGCACGGGGAACAUCACGAUCCAUACCCCGGCUGCCAUCGAGGACCGCAUCUUCCACCGCGUGAAUGUGCUGGAGAGCUUGUACCAGAUGGCGCUGGCUCAGGAGCAGGUGCCGCCGGCCCCGGAAGGAGGUUCGCUCGUGGUGAACUCGUGCCGCCUCCCGGCCUGGGACCAGUUCACGUCCGACGCGGAUGGUUCCAAGAUCCAGGGUUCAGGCGGUCAGGCGUCGGGUCAGAGCGGCGUCGACCAGCCAUUGCGCACCCUGCGCCUGCCCAAGGAGACCGGCUUCCACAAUGUAGUCGGGGAUAUCGGGCUCUGUGUUUCCGAUAGCCUGGCGAGCUUUCCAUUGCGGCGCGACAAGGUGCUCCGCUACCUGGUGGAGGAGCGUGGUCUACAGGCCGAGAUGCUCGACAAUGACCACCCAGAGAACUUGCAUGACCCGUUCGACCGUGCUCCGAAGAUCAAGAUGAAUACCCUUACAGAUGACGACCAGUCCAUGGGCAGGAGCCCGUUUCUUUGUUGCUCGGGGCAUGACGGGCGUCAUGGCCCCCGGUCCCGCCCCCCCCC